AUGAAUAUGAAGAAGAAUUGCUUCAUCGUGGGCAUCUUCUCUGUCCUCAAUACCAUCCAGUUUCUCCUCUUUGAGGUGAACUAUGUUACAGACUUUGGCUACAAAUCAGAUAUGUUCAGUGUUUACAAGGAAACACACUUGGAUCAUGAUUCUUGGUUCAUAAUGUACAUGAAGAGCAUCAAAAUCUGCCUAUCGGCCAUCACCCUCAUAGUCAGUUGCACCCUCAUUUAUUGCAUCUACAUGAAUAUCUACCUGGGGAUGCUGAUCUAUGUCAUAUGGAUCAUCAUCUAUGAGGCCAUCAAUUUCUUCAUGGUCCUGCUUAUCAGGGAGUCCAUCAAAAAGGUGUUUGAGGAGCUGAGUUACUUGCACCUGAUCUUCCAGGUUUCUCGCAUGUUCCUGCACUUCUGCUGUCUGCCAUUUGUCAUCAAGCAAAUAAUCAUCCUUUACAAGGACCCCAAGCUCUCCAACAAAACGGGCCGCCACCGACACUCCUCCGUCAGUAUAGCCAGCUCUUGGUCCCCGAUUCAGCUGGCACUGUACCGCAAGUUUAACUGA